AUGGAUUUUUGGGGACCCACACCACAAUAUUCCACACACGACACCACGGCAGCUACAACAGUACAAUGUUUCGUCGAGCAAUUUGUACUUAAAUAUGGCGUGCCACGACGGCUGAUCACCGAUCAAGGCAUCCACUUCAAUAACGAGCUAAUGAACAAUAUCACUAUGUUAUUGGGCAUGAAUCACAUCAAAUCAACACCAUAUCAUCCAAUGACAAAUGGUCUCGUUGAACGAUUCAAUGCAACAUUUCAUCCGCAAUUAUCAAAGUUAUACGAUAAAAACUUGACAAUUGGGAUGACUAUUUGCCCGCGCAGCCCGACAACACGUCCAGAUUCAACAACAACAAGCAAAGGAGCGUUACGACCUGAUCCACGAUAUAAAACUAACGAAUUAGUUUUGUGGAAAGUACCCGGGCAUCGCGAAAAAUUCGCUGAACGAUUUUCUGGUCCUCAUGUGGUCAUACUCGCCAAACAUCCAUCAUAUACAAUUCUAGAUCCAGCAACAACCACAACCAGACGAGUACAUGUGAAUGAUCUCAAGCCUGUCUACGCACGAUGUGUUUAA